AUGAUCAAUUGUUCACUAUUUCAUAACGGAUGGCCGAAUCCUGCAGUUUUACCCGUCACAUACCCAGAGUACGAUAGGAUUGCUCCAAAUAUAUCUUAUCCACAACAAAUCACAAGAUCAAAUCCAGAUGAUCAAAGUCCAGCUCAAGAACAAAAAAAUAGUCAUAUUCUUAAUAAGAUAAUACAGUUCUACAUAAUCGAUUUAGUGGUCUACGAUGCUCUUUAUACUGAUAUUCAUGGAACAGAAUGA